AGACAGUAUAAUAAACAUAUCCGUAUGUAUCAAUGCCUAUCUAGGAUGCCCUCCCCCUCACUAUUGCCCAGGGAACUGGGUCGGCCAUACGAUGCUUCUGGGUUCAGUCCGGCCCGUCACUUUUUUUGGACAGCUCCUUACGAUUCUUGAUCUGAGGCUAGCUGGUGCUCGUGGCCGUUCCACUAUCAAGGCUGCCAGAAAAGGGCCGUGAACGCCAACAUUGAAAUUUCUCGUGUCUUCAUCCUGUGUUCGAAACCCAUUCUCCUAAUUCUUUUGGCCAUCUUACAUGCUCGUCACCAAUUCACAUCAUGUCGGAAACCGCGGAGUCAACAGUCGCGCAUACGCGCACCAAAGAAGAUGGCGAUCAGCUUCGUUCUGAGGCGCUGGCUGCCGACUCGAAACAGCUGCCUCCAGGAUACUACUCUAGCACUCGAGUCAUUGGAACGUUCGGCGGGAUAGGAUUCAGUCUGUUAGGCACGUACUGGGCCUUCUCUGUCGGCGCCGCUGUGAUCACCGCUAUCAACCGGGAUAUCGGCCCAAGCGCGAAUGCAAGCCUGUUCUCCAUCGUCUGGACCGUCUGCGACUGCAUCAGCAUUCUCCUCUUUGGCCGGCUAUCGGAUCGGUUCGGUCGCCGAUGGUUGGCCAUCGGCGCUAACCUCCUAGGUAUAAUCGGGGGGAUCGUCGCGUGUACGGCGAAGAACAUGGACGUCUUGAUAGGCGCCAAUGUCUUGCUCGGACUUGCCUCAGGUCCGCCGGCGUCGUACCCUCUACUCACCGGCGAACUCGCGACCAACAAGACGAAGUAUCUAGCUACCGUCUUAGUCGUCAUCCCCAAUGUCAUCGCCACCGGAUUCGGCGCCUACCUGGGCCAGAGGAUUGUGCUCCAGACGACUUGGAGAUGGAUCUUCAUCAUCUACAUCAUCUUCAUGGUUCCCGGAACGGUCUUGUUUUAUUUCUUCUACUUCCCCCCGUCUUUCACCCAGAUGCACGGGAAGGAGAGCAAGAUGGUCGACGAAAUCAAGAAGAUAGACUUCAUCGGAGUGUUCCUGCUCGUCGCCGGCCUGGCGCUAUUCCUCCUCGGUGUCUCUUGGGGAGGCCAGCCAUUGGCUUGGAAUUCCGCGACAAUCCUCGGUCUUCUCAUCUCAGGAUUCGUGUGUCUGGUCGCUUUCAUCCUGUAUGAAGUGUUUGGUGGAGCAGUGCGUCCCAUCAUUCCGAUGCACUUCUUCAAGGACUUGACCGGAUUUACCCCUAUUGUGGUUAUCUCGGCCGUCACCGGUUGCCUCAACGUCGCUCUUCAGAUCACCUGGCCCUCGCAAGUCACAAGAGUCUUUGGAAACAGCGAUUGGGAGACGACAGCUUGGCUUACUACGACCGUCGCGUUUGGAUCUUGGGCCGGUAUUGUGUUUGUCGGUUCUCUAUUCCAUAUCAUCAAGCAUAUUCGCUGGCAACUUAUCAUCGGGUGUGCCUGGAUGUCGGCGUUUAUUGGAGCCAUGGCCUCGAUCGAUCCGAACGAGCAGAGCCAGGCUGCUGCCUUCUCGUUUCUUUCUACUAUCCCCGUGGGUUGGGGUGAAGUCGUCACUAUGCUUAUGGUCCAAUACGUCGCAUCUGAUAUGGACCUUGGUGUCGCCUUUGCUGUCGUUUCCGCAAUGCGAAGUGUUGUUGGAUCCAUCUUCACCGCAGUUUUCACAGCUGAGAUAGCAAACAAGCUCCCGGAGAAGUUGACAUCGAUCGUUGUUCCCGCCGUUAGCUCUGCCGGUCUACCUUCAUCGUCCAUAACAGCCCUUCUUUCUGCCGUCUCCGUCGGAACCGAGGAUGCUCUCCGAGCUGUACCUGGCAUGAAUGACAGUAUUCUGGUAGUAGCGUCGCAAAGUAUUGCUCAAGCCUACGCCGCCGCAUAUACCUAUCCUUAUUACACUGGCCUAGCGCUGGGAUUAGUUUCACUCAUUGCAGCUCUCUGCAUUCGCGACUUCGACAGCCACUUAACGGACCACGUCAGCCGACAACUGUACCACAAGAGCGAGAUCGACAAGGAUAUCUUAUCAUUGGUCGAUCGCUCCCCCACCCAAGACGGAGAGGUGGUUACCGAAACAAAGCAAGUCACGAAGACUUCUGAGGGAGCAGCUUAAGCCAGAAAGCCCAGAAAAGCUAACCUCCUGUAACAAUCAUUGCAAAGGGGCUAUAUUUAUGUAUAGUAUCUGGCAUGUAAUUCUGCACAUAGAGUCCUUUGCGUCCUCAAAACAUUGUACCUAGACCUUACAGCUUAGACUGCACCGAUAUUAGAAGAAAAACUAUCUUUAACUAAAAUAAGUUUCCUUUGUUAUACUGAACUAGUACUUAGCAGCCCCAUCUAUAACGGCUAUAAUAGUAAUGUAUAAUCCUGCAACUCACUUCUGCACUCUACGGACUUUUAGAACACCUCGAAUUUGCAGCUAAAAGUACAAGGGCUGGAAUGACGAAGACUACGUAAGCUGCAAACCCUGUUGACACACCGUGGGAUCAACUCACUUAAUACUACUG